AUGCACUGGGCUUGUUCAAAGCUCACAGUAUCAUCAGUUGUUCCUGAUGCUACUCUCCUUGAAAUUUUACUUGAUAAGUUAAAAUUGUGCAGAAGCAUUUCUUAUGCUGCAGUUGCUGCUCAUGCAGAUCAGACUAGCAGGAGGAAAUUAGCUGCUAUGCUUGUUGAACAUGAACCUUUCUCCUCAAAGCAGGUUCCUCUGUUACUAGGCAUUGGGGAAGAAGAUACAACCCUGACUAAGGCAACUGAAAGUGGCGAUACUGAUCUUGUUUAUCUUGUUCUCUUUCAUAUAUGGCAGAAGAGACCAACAUUGGAAUUAUUUGGAAUGAUACAAGCUAGACCUAUUGCACGCGAUCUAUUCAUACGUUAUGCAAGGUGCUAUAAGCAUGAGUUUCUCAAGGAUUUCUUUCUUUCUACUGGUCAACUUCAUGAUGUUGCCUACUUGUUGUGGAAAGAAUCAUGGGAAUUAGCAAAGAAUCCAAUGGCAACUAGAGGAUCUCCACUUCAUACUCCACGUAUAAAACUCAUUGAAAAAGCUCAAAAAUCUUUUUGCUGA